GUCGUCGCACACCGUCUAAUCCCGAUACAUGCGUUUGGAGCGGCACAUCCAUCGUCAAACCGUCCUGCUAACAGUUGGGCCCUGAAAUAAUACAGCAAGGAUGUCCUACGGAAGAGGAGAUAGCUACCGGCCACAGCCAAGAGACUUCAGUAACCUGACCCAGACAUGCAGCACCAACAUCCAGAAAAUCACCCAGAACACUGGGCAGAUCAAAACCAUGUUGUGUCAAAUGGGAACGAGACAGGAAACCUCAGAGUUGCAGGAGAGGCUCCAGCAGCUGCAGCACUACACAAACCAGCUGGCUAAAGAAACCAACAGACACCUGAAAGAGCUGGGCUCCCUACCGUCACCUCCAUCCCCCUCUGAACAGAGACAGCAAAAGAUCCAGAAGGAGCGUUUGAUGAACGACUUCUCUGCAGCUCUCAACAACUUCCAGGUGAUGCAGCGACGGGCCGCGGAGAAAGAGAAGGAGUCGGUGGCAAGGGCCCGGGCCGGGUCCCGCCUAAUGGGAGAUGGUUGCAACGUGGAUGAGCAGCUGGUUACGUUUGCAAAAGAAGAUGAUGACUGGGGACAGAGCCAGUCUCAGAUUGAGGAGCCUGCCAUCACAGAGGAGGACCUGGAGAUCAUCAGAGAGAGAGAGACCAACAUCAGACAGCUAGAGGCUGACAUUAUGGAUGUGAACCAAAUCUUCAAGGACCUGGCCAUUAUGAUUCAUGACCAGGGUGAAAUAAUAGACAGCAUUGAGGCAAAUGUGGAGAGCGCUGAAGUCCAUGUGGACAGAGGCACUGCCCAGCUUCAAAGAGCUGCCUAUUACCAGAAGAAGUCACGUAAGAGGAUGUGCACCUUGGCCUUGGUGCUGUUCCUAGUGUUUUACCAUCCUCGUGAUCAUCAUCUGGCAGGCCAUUAAAUGAGAGGAUGAGCAUGGGCAGGGCUCUCAGUGGCCCACUUAUUACUUACUAUGGCUUCCAAUGAGUUUAUGUGAGUAUGUGUUUGUACCCGUAUGUGCGUGCAUACUGUACAUGUGCAUGUGCAUGUGUUUGUGUGCAUGUGCAUUAUGCGUGCACAUAUUUGUGAUAAGUGAGUCUGAGCAGGAGAAGAUGUGUGUUCUGGUGUGGAUGUCAAUUUUUUCAGUCUUCUUCAUAUGAAAGAUUGUUUGACAUAUAAAAUGUUUUGACAUCACUUCAGCUCUGGCCUCUGGUUUCCAGUAUAACUCUUGAAUUGAUGGUUCACUGUCACAAUAAUAACAAUACUAUAGGCUGUCACUUGUCAGUUAUGUGAUACCCUGCCUGCUUGACCAUAUAUUAAUCUCAAGGGGAAUUCCCCCCUCGCUCUCUCUCUCUCUCUCUCUCCCCCCCGUUCCCUUUUUCACUCUCUCUCUCCCCCCUCUCGCUCUAACUCCCCCUUCUCUCUAUUUCACUCUCUGUCUCUCUA